GACAUGCAUGUGUUUCAGGAAAUGUUAAAAGUGAAGAGGGUCAACAAAAAUCUGAGUUGUAUUUUCCGCGCGCGUUUCGACUGGGCAAUGGGUGUCGCUGCUUGUAAUGUCGUGGUCUCAAACUGCCUCUGGACUGCCUGAGUCAUCAUAUUGCAGGCAGGCGUCAUCUAGCGAAGGCUGGUGUACUUCUUGAUUUAUACCCGAAUGGUGCUUUAUAUGCAAUCCCAGAAGGAGGUGAAUGGGGAAAUCCAACAUUGCUAAUGAGGCACGUGGCAGUAGGUAUAAAACGUUAGGGGUAGGGACCCCAGAAUUCAAAACUCAGUAUGGAGACCAACGAAGAGAUGAGACGGGCUAGGAUAGCAGCACAAACGUCGUUGGGAGACGAGACUGCUACCACCGGCGGGCACAGUGAAGUCGAAGAAAAAGAAGAAGCUUCUGCGCUCUACUGAGCAGGUGACGAGGGUUCCAAUAUAUAUAUAUAUGUAUGUACCUUGAUGGAAUAACAUAUUUAUUCUGUAGAGCCUGUUUCGGUUAAGUACGAUCUCAUUUUGGGCAAUCUUUUCCAAAUUAGUUUUUCUUUCAUAUAUUUUCUAGAUAAAAACGUACAACGAAAGCUUACCUAUCAUUUAAUUUCCCAACAAAUUAUUUAUCACACUGCUAUAUACCCACAUAGUACUUGGUCCAUAAAUUACUGAUAAAAUAUAUUUAGUUAUGUCGUAUAUUCAAGAUAAUAAUAUUUGCAAUAUCUCUUGUUUAUUACCAACACGAGAGCGCAAAACACUUAUCAGCUCGUAUCUGGUUCGCUUGUCUGAGAUUUUUCACCGCAUGUAAUCAGUCUGUGCACACCUAAUGUAGAGAACCUGCGUUGGAGCUGGAGCAAGUGACAUUUAAAAGAACACAACAACCGCUCUUGUGUGAUUAAUUCGACAAGAGAACUCGACGCGUUUAGAACAUUUGCAGUGAAUGUGCAAGGCAGGAACGCGAUACUAAAGUGUAAAACGAUCAAUUUACCAAUAUAAAACACAAAAAACUUAUUUAAAGUGCACAAAUUUGACGAGUCGAAAGAAGCAUUCCAAAAUGAAUUUCUUUGAAUCAAUUGUCAAAUAUUUAAUCUAUAUCGCCAAUAUAGUAUUUUUGAUAUGUGGUGUUCUCAUUAUCGUCCUUGGCUCAUUUAUGGUGGGCAAUCUUGGCGAUUUCUCAUCAUUCGAAGAGGCUAUUAACGUUGAUACACUGCCCAUCAUAAUAAUUAUACUGGGUUGUAUAAUAUUUGUGAUAUCAUUCUUUGGCUGCUGUGGAGCGAUACGCGAGAAUUCGUGUUGCAUGACAACGUACGCCGUCUUCAUGUUCAUUCUGUUCUGUCUACAAGUUGCUUUAGUAGUCUGGGUAUUUAUGAAACGUGACGAUUUCUUGAAAACUAUGACAGAUCUCGUUGGUACAGCAUGGAAUCAGAAUGAUUCCGCUAAAGGUUACCCAAUGGACGCGUUACAACUUAGCUUCAAGUGCUGUGGAAAGAGCAAUUAUACCGAUUAUAUAACUGCGGACAAAGAUGUGCCAGUUUCAUGCUGUGGCUCUCUCGACAUUAAGGAGUGUCCCGCAGAUGUCUAUCAGACUAAGCCAGGCUGUACUGCUGAAUUCGUUGGAUUCUGGGCGACAAAUACGAAUAUUAUCCGUUACGCGGGCAUUGCAGUUGCGGCCAUUGAAUUGGCGGUACUCACAAUAGCCUGUUGCCUAGCAAGCAGCAUGCGUAAUUCGCGAAGACAUUAAAUACGCGGAAGAAACUGAGUGUGUGUAGAGCAUGCGGUUUUGUAAAUAAAUUACAUCAAUAUAUUGUACAUUGAAUUCAUUUUAUUUGAAGUACAAAUAAUAAUUGUGAAUCAUGUAACUUAUGUACGUGUAUGUACGUGUAUUAGCGUAUACACAAGGCAUUGCAUAAGUUAAGUAAACUUAGUUAGGUAUUUUAUAUUGUUAAUCAAUUAUUAUUAAUAUGUUUUAAUAUUUGUUGACUCGUUUUAUUUAUUAUGAAUACAUACAAAUUAAACAAAUUGAAAG